AUGACCGUGGUGUCGAACUUGCGCAGUAGGCAUUCUGAUGGUAACAAAAACACGAUGUCAACGGGCUCAAACGGUGCUCAUUUGGGUACAGAAGGAUCGGAUUCACCUCAGGUCCUGUUCAUGGAUACGAGCGAUGUCAGAAACAGAACAGGCCAUGUACCGUCAAGUUACUAUCAAGUAGCGACCCCCAAGUCUCCGCAUGAUCUUUCGCUGAUGGAUGAGGCCGAAGAAGUUCGCACAGGACCGUCCCAUCACGAUCACAGGGAAAGCGAAGAAAGCGAGCGUUUGAAGUACGAAACUGCUAAACAUGAGAUCAUGGAGAACCUCAAUUUGCAUAUCAUGCUAAAAAAUAAUGAACACACAGAGCUGGAAUCAGAACUGGGCCGUAUCGAGGCCCAGAUGCGUGUUUUAGAGUACAUGCAUCAAGAUUCGCAGCUCAUGAAGCAUGUCGGAAAACGCCAGGAAGAGCUCUAUACGCGGCAUCGUGAGGAAUUUACUCGGCGUAAAGAGCGAGAAGCGUUCAGAACGAGUUUGAAUGGUGUGGAUCCUCUUUCUGCAAUUCCUUCGAGUCGCCCUGGCGCUGAAAGCGGUCAUGGAGGGUAUUUUUACCACACACGCAGCAAAUCGGCUCACAACGUUAAUAUUGGACAAUUGGAUGCUAGUGGUAAUGAUACGCACUUAGAAUCGCGGCUGCGACCGGCCAGUGGCAAAUUCGAAGGGAAGGGCUUGCCUGAGGGGAAAACGCUUCGAGUGCAUGACCAGCAGGCUGCUUUGGGCUCGGAACUGGAUCCCGUACGCCCAUCGCUACUGAACCAGCACCAGAAACGUAACUACAGCAGCUCAUGUUUGACCAGUAAAAGUGGAGUCGUUGGAUCAAACGAAAAAAACGAGCCUAUAUUUAAACGACCCGACGGUAUUCUCGUCAUCAUUGCAUGUUCGUUUUGCGAACGUAGCGGAUUUACGUCGGCGCAGGGCAUAGUCAAUCAUGUUCGGCUCAAGCACGCAACCAGCUAUCCCAGCCAGCCACUUGCUGUUUUGAAAAACCAACAAGUAUUGCCUGACAGUCGGCAGGCAACCGAGAUAAUAGCACAAUUCAAAAGUCUUCAUUUAGACCCGCAACACGACUAUCUACCCCAUGUCAUAAACAUCCAGACUAGUGUGAAUGCUGUGGGCCACAAAGACCGCAGAGCAAGUUCCAGAGAGCUAUCUCCACGGGCGAUGUCUCUGAAAGUCGAGACUAGACCUGAUGGCCCAAGGAAAUCCACGAGACAUUUGAGAAAGCUCUACCCCGAUGAAGAUUUCAAAGAGAUUGUUCACUACGUUAACGACGCCCAGAAGGAUCUCGACUGCAUCCUCAAACAGCCUUCAGAGACCGAGGACUCGGGAGAGAGUGGGCCAGAUGAUGAUGUCAAAGUUGAACGAAACCAAUCUAGUCUAGUUACAUCCAACAGUAACGGGAAUAUCCGGGGCUCAAAAGACAACAGGGAGAAAGAAUCAAGUUCGGAAACGAGCCCAGAUCACAAAAGGAGAAAGUCCUCCUCUCCUGAAUUAGAUACUGGCCGAAAACGCUAUAGAGCGGCGGAGAAAAAGGUCAGACCUGACGCUAUUGCAUUAAUGAAAAUUCCUGAGCGAGACAAACGUUCUUCGCACUACAACCUAAGAGCCAAAUCAAAGCUCAGAGGACACAAUAGAUACGAUUAA